CUCUCCUCAGGAGCUUCGCGGCGCUACCGGCAGGGGGGACGUGCCGGAGGAGGGGAAAGGGGACGCUCGCCUCCGCCUCCGCCUCUUCCUCAGCGGCUCUCGGGCAGCCGGAACCGCACGCGGCGGCGGCGGCGGCUGCAGCGGCGGCGGCAAGGGAGCCGGGAGCGGAGGGAUGUGGGGCUUUGGGGGAGGCAGGCUCUUCGGCUUCUUCUCCGCUCCCGUCCUGGUGGCCGUGGUCUGUUGCGCCCAGAGUGUGAACGAUCCGGGGAACAUGUCCUUCGUCAAAGAAACUGUGGAUAAAUUGUUGAAAGGCUACGACAUUCGCCUCAGACCGGAUUUUGGAGGCCCCCCAGUGAAUGUCGGGAUGAACAUAGAUAUUGCCAGUAUCGACAUGGUCUCUGAAGUCAACAUGGAUUACACAUUAACAAUGUAUUUUCAACAAUACUGGCGAGAUAAAAGACUAGCCUAUGCUGGGAUUCCUCUCAACCUUACACUCGAUAACAGAGUAGCAGAUCAACUAUGGGUGCCUGAUACUUACUUUCUGAAUGACAAGAAAUCGUUUGUGCACGGUGUUACUGUUAAGAAUCGAAUGAUUCGCCUUCAUCCAGAUGGCACAGUAUUAUACGGCCUCAGAAUCACAACUACUGCAGCUUGCAUGAUGGACUUGAGAAGAUACCCAUUAGAUGAACAAAAUUGUACAUUGGAAAUAGAAAGCUAUGGAUACACAAAGGAUGACAUAGAAUUUUAUUGGAGAGGUGGAGAUAAUGCAGUUACUGGAGUAGAAAGAAUUGAGCUUCCGCAAUUUUCUAUUGUGGAAUAUAAACUUGUGUCCAAAAAUGUUGUCUUUGCCACAGGUGCCUAUCCAAGACUAUCAUUGAGUUUUAAGUUGAAGAGGAAUAUUGGAUACUUUAUUCUUCAGACCUACAUGCCCACAAUAUUGAUUACCAUUUUAUCAUGGGUAUCCUUCUGGAUAAAUUAUGAUGCAUCAGCAGCAAGAGUGGCUCUUGGUAUUACAACUGUGCUUACUAUGACAACUAUCAACACUCAUCUCAGAGAGACUUUGCCUAAGAUUCCAUAUGUCAAAGCCAUUGAUAUGUAUCUUAUGGGCUGCUUUGUAUUUGUCUUCUUGGCCUUACUUGAAUAUGCCUUUGUCAACUAUAUCUUCUUUGGAAAGGGCCCUCAAAGGCAGAAGAAACUUGCAGAAAAGACAGCCAAAGCAAACAAUGAUCGUUCUAAGUUUGAAAGCAACCGGGUGGACAUGCAUGGGAACAUAUUGUUAACAUCCCUUGAAAUUCACAAUGAAGUUGCAAGCAAUGAAGUCACAAGAAGUGUCACUGAUCCACAGAAUUCAGCAGUAUCCUUUGAUAACUCAGGAAUCCAGUACAGAAAGCAGAGUUCCCGCCGAGAAACUCUUGGGAGACGUACAUUAGACAGAACUGGCACUCACACUAAGAAGAGUCAUUUGCGGAGAAGAUCUUCUCAACUAAAAAUAAAAAUUCCUGAUCUAACAGAUGUGAAUGCAAUUGACAGAUGGUCAAGGAUAGUGUUUCCUUUCACAUUUUCUCUUUUCAACUUAAUCUACUGGCUAUACUAUGUCAACUAAAUUGACUUUUACUUCGUGUUUUUUUUUUAAACAAAAAGACUGUAACAAGCAAAUACUAUUUUGCCUGUUAUUUUGUAUAUGUACAGAAGACCUUUUACACUAUAUAAAAUAUAUACAUACUUACAUAUACAUAUAUAUAUAUAUAUAAAUCCUAUGUGUACAUAUAUUGUGAAAGAAUAUGUAUUAUACUCAUUGUGCAUAAACAUGCAUACACACACUAUGUAAUGUUGUACACAAAAUGCCUUUUAAAAUAAACUUUUCAAAUGAGAGAGGCAGCUUUUUGAAGCAGUAUGCUUUGAGAAAUAUAGUUCUGUAAGAUUACCAAAUCUUUAUUUAAAUCAUCAAAAUUCUGUCCUAUUGUUUGCAAAACCUUAUUUUAAUUACUGUCAUUUACACUGUCCGUUAUGUAAGACAGGUUUUAGUUUCAUUUGUUUAAUACUGACCAAUUGAAUUGUUUCAUAUCAACUUGAAAGGCUCAGAGACACUUUUACUGUGUUAAUAUAUUUUGUUCACAAUGGAAUAUUUUAAUUUUGCAUUUUCUUGAUCACUUUUACUUGUCCUUGGAACAUUCUUAGAUAUUGCUAUAAUAUGUUAUUUGAAAUUGAACAACUGCUUACAUUUUCAGGAUUUUUUAAAAAAUAUGGGAUUAUUUAAUAAUCUAUUCAAAAUUAGGAGAUACUAUCUGUGGAGAUUCUUUUUGAUUAAACUGCAGUAAAUCUAUUGGACAGACUUCAGCCAAUGAAGUCUCAAUCAAUUCAAUCCAAUCUCCAUUUAUGAAACUAAAAUUGAUGAAAUCAAGGAGGGUUUGUUCAUUACCUCUAGUUUUUAUACAAUAUAUGUACCUCAAUAAUGAAAAUUGAUCCAAAUUAUGAACAUUCAGAUUUAAUGAGAAUAACUUUCCUUCUGCAUGAUCUAUCAAGUCAAGGUUUUAUUGUAUGGCCAGUUUAACUCUCAUGUGCUUUAUGUACUUGUUCAACAUUUUCAAAUUUCCAGGAGAUAGCUAGAUUACAGGAGAUUUUGAAAGGCAGCUUUAUGUACUUGUUCAACAUUUUCAAAUUUCCAGGAGAUAGCUAGAUUACAGGAGAUUUUGAAAGGCAGCAGGUCUAUGGAUUAGAAAAAAUAUAUGAGAAUAGAUGAAAUUAGUUCUUUCUAAGCUUCUUGCUACUAUGCAGCUUUAAAAAAAAAAAUCCAUGAUGCUAACCAAGAGAUGAUCUGGUAAUUCUAGCUCAAAGUUUUAUAAAAAACAGUAUUCCAAAGAUAAUUUAGAAAAUAAUUUUGUUUUUUAACAGACAGAAAAAUACAUUCAUAUUAUCAAAAUUAUUUAAACAAGAUCAAUGUAAAAUAUAUUUGCACAAUAUGCACAUAUAUAUAUAUAUAUAUACGUUAUUUAAUUUUUAGUGCUUUCUAUUGUGAUAGCAUGCUAUAUCAUUUUGUUUCUGUGAAGUUAUAAGAUUUUUUUUCUUUAGAAUUAAGUCAAUAGAAGAUUUCUAAUGUAUAGAUUCAAUAACAGAACAUUUUCAGAUCUAUUUUGUAUAUACACUGGAACUGAUAAUAUAGCUGAUGUGCUACAUUCACAAAACAUAAAUAAUAAGGAACAAAUGUAUUUUUUUUAAGUGUGAUGCAUUACUAUUUUACUUUGGCAAAACGUUACCAUUUUUGUUUUUCUUCUUAUUCAUAUUUUCAUCAGUUCCAAACUUUUUCCUACUAACAGUUUCUGGAAUUAGAGCACAAAUGUUUCAGUGCUGUAAAAUUAGCAUACAGGUUUAGAGAAAACUGCAGAGAAAUGUGAAGUUUUUGGUUACAGUCCAUCAAACUCUGAUUCCUGUGAAUUUUACAACAGCAACUUGGACUGUGAAAAUGGUGUGUAAGUUCAUAUGGAACUUUAAUAGAUUUAUAUGUGUGGAUGAAAAGAACCAAUUUUUAUAUUGCCUACUCUACAAUUGGAAUAGCAUGUAUCAUGUUACGUAAAUGUUUCUGCAUGUCACUAUCUCAUAAUAUCUUCUAAGAAAGGGAGAAAAUCCAACAACUAGUGAAGGUUGUGUAUAGGAUACACCAUGUGUAUAGGAUAUACCAUUUCCCUCUUCUCAAUACUUUAGAGAUUUUGAAAAUAGAGCUGCAGUGGGCAUUGUCUUGCCAUUCCAGUAGUGGGAAACUUAAUUGGAUAUCACCCAAAGGUUAUGUUGUGGCUGACUAAGUUAUCCACUUUUGGUUUUCAUUUUAAAUCUUUUUGGUAAACAGUCAUCUUUUUAGUAAAAAGCAACACUGAAGAAAUAAAUAUUUUAAGAACUUG